AUGGGCUUCCACUACCCGGAUGCUCUCGAGAAACAUAACUGGGUCGCCGGAGGACUCGACGCUUAUAUCUACCACAUCACUCCAACUAUUGUCGUGAAAACUGUUCGUCCCGACCGAGCCCCCAAAGAAAAGGCGACGGGGCAUCCUUUGCUCAAGGAGAUCGCGUUUUUCAAACGUCUUAAUGAGCGCCAGGAUCGAUGUCCGCAUAUCAUCGAAUGCUUUCUCAUGCUUCCAGACCAUCUUUUCCUAUCAUAUUGCACGCAUAAGUCGCUUGCCCCUCGCUUCUAUGAACGCCAGGAGCGAGAGCCAGUAAAAAAUGGUGGCCUUGGGCGUCUUAUCAGAGUCAAGGAAUACGAGGAUCCUGCUCUCAUCGCUCGGUGGAUACAACAACUCACCUAUGCUCUUGAGUAUGUGGAGAAAAUGGGCUUCUGUCACAAUGAUCUGCAUGCAAGCAACUGUCUUCUUGAUGGGAACUUCAACUUAAAGCUCACAGAUUUUGGUCGUGCCACCACCAUUGGACAAAUGCUUGAAGGUGUCUUUCCUCCACGGGCCAAACCAAUACUUGCUGGACCAUUGCAACGCACAUACGGUCUCUGUUCCGCCAGAACUGAACAAUUUGCCGUCGGGACACUUCUAUACUUCAUGGUAUAUGGUCAUGAACCCUAUGACGACGUUAUCCUCGGCGCCUCGGAAUGGGAUCGCCGAUUUGGGGAAAUGGAGUUUCCAGAACUUAACCGCAACGAAGUGUUUGACGGUCUUAUUUCUGCUUGUUGGUACGAUGUCUAUCCUACAAUGGCCUUGGUAGCGUAUGAUCUCAAACGCAAGACAAAGGAUAUGGUCUCAAAUGCAGAAGACAUCUUCAUUGACUCUAAGAAGGAGACAAAGACCUGUGAAGCAUUGGUUCGCCGAGGCUUGCUGGGACCUGAGCUGGCUCUCAGCUUUCAGCCGGCCUGGCGAAGAUACCUACAUGCUAUUGUGAAGAGAAGCGUGUCUAUUUGGCAGUGCUUUCUAAGGUGCUGA